AAAAACUCACUAUUCAGUGAACCAUGCCGGCCAAGGAGGCAUUCUCUUGCCCCGGAUUAUGGCCCUCAAACGCCGAGAUGUUAUCUUGGGCGGCAUAGCAAGCUUCAUCGCGUGGGGUUAUGCUAUUGAUUGGGUUCCGGCGUUGCGUUGGGCUGGAUACGCCUUUGUCGUAGGACUGAUCCUCCCAGUUCUAGGAUUGAUCGCCCUGCUACUUCUCACCUCGAGGGGGGCUCAAUAUGGAAAAAGAAACCCCAUCCGUCGUCCAAAAGGAGUAGCAUUCCUUGCUGCGACAGCCUGGAAGCACGAAACUUUAGCACUGCAAGCUCGACAAGUCUACGAAAAGAAACCGCUCUACCCCGACUCUUUUAUCAUUUCCAGCGCCUUGGACGAGCUUCUGGAGCUUAUAGUGCGAGAUUUUGUCAACUCGUGGUAUUCGAAUAUUAGCAAGAACCCAGUCUUCACCAAUGAAAUCGACAAGACAAUCAGGAUGGCUCUCGGGGCACUUCGAGACAGGCUUUUGGAGAUGGAUAUCACGGAGAUCAUGACAAUGCGCUUCGUCCCGAUCAUGACCGCACACUUCAGGGAUUUCUUCGAGGCAGAGAGGAGCAUACGAGGGAAGCACUUGAACCGCAGUGUGACGGAGUCAGAGGAGUUGGACCUUGCGAUUGCGGCGAAGUAUAAAGAUGGAAAGCUACAUCCGGCAGCAUCUCUGGCAUAUGCGGAUACGAAGCUGGUACAGCAGGAAUAUUUGCGGAAAUUGACCAAGGAUCUUCUCCCAAAGCUGUUACCGGAAAGUGUUAUUGCCAGUCGAGCUGUUGGAGUUCUUAUCAAAGAGCUAGUUUCAUGUGCUGUCCUUACACCGGUCAUGCAGCUGAUCUCUGAUCCGGAUACGUGGAAUCAGGUCAUGGAAGCUUAUGGACGAACCAUGUUGCAAGAUCGUUCAACAGUCAGAAAACUACGAGCUGCUCUAGAUGAGCAUACAUCACCAGUACCACGAACCAAGCGUGCGGCCCCAUUCCCUCGCCUGGCACCAGGGGACAACGAACGGAGAUUUGAGAGAUUCAUACGGGCCAUCCGGAAAGUCAAUAAUCUCUCAGACGCUCGACGGUUCCGGAGUGAAGUGUCUAGCCAGCUCAAGAGAGACGCUUUGCAAGAGAACAACGACCCUGUAUAUCUACGUCGUUUAGAGAUAGGGAAGAGGAUCCUAGACCAGAGAGUGAACCAACUUGCUGCUGGUGGAGAGCACCAAGCUCAGCACGGCGUUGGUCGCAGUAACGGUACAGCUGCCUCCAAGCUUCAGACGGCAUCCCUUGUGGACUUGUUGCAUGAUCCUUCCGUCCUAUCCUACUUCAUGGAGUACAUGGAUAGGCAAAAUCUCAUGCCUAUGGUGCAAUUUUGGAUCGUUGUUGAUGGCUUUCGCAAUCCUUUGGAAGAUGAUUUUGCUGAGGACGACGAGAUUCCUGCUACACUUGCGCCAUGGAACGAUGCAGACAGAAACGAUCUUGCACAGAUCAAUGAGGCAUACUUGUCGAAGCCAGAGCUCAAAGUUCCCGAGGCUUCAAGACAAGUUGUGAGGGAGUUCCUUAGAGCUGGCAAGGACGCUACUCCACGGCAGUAUUUCUUGGCUAGGGGUGCAAUUCUGCGGGCUCAAACAGCGGCUCUGGAAGUAAUGCAGCAAAAGUACUUCCAGAACUUCAAGAAAUCGGAUCUGUUCUACAAGUGCUUGACAUCCCAAGAGGCGAUGAAGAGUGUAACGCUUCCAUCCUCUCCAUUGGCUCCUUCAAGACUAGAAAACUCGCCUGAACAACGUCCACCCCCUGGCCGGGCAUUUUCGGCUCAAGCACUGGCCACGAAACCUAGCCCUCUGUCUAGAGUAUCAGCCAAACUGAUUCCAAAGAGAGCUGAUCUGCGCCGGCAAGCUGCUUCAUCGGUCGAUUUGACUGCUGCAACCAACGGAGCGAGCGAUCCCAUGACUUUGUCUCGUCGUUCUCUGGAUGAAGGAAGCGGGAGCUCACCGUUGUUUGACGAUGAGGACUUCGACAGUGAAGCAAUGGGCAACUCAGUCCACAGUCUCGACCAAGAUCCCGAGGAGAUAGAACCGGAUACAAAUGUUGUCCAAGCUAUGGAGGCCGCAUUAAACACGAUCAUGGAGGAUAAACCGACAAAUGUUGAUGAUCUACGGAAGUCACUGUUUGGAGAUGAGGACCCUCCAUUGGACUCCCCUAAUCCAAGUGUUGUCUCGCCUGGCGCCAACUCUACACGAAGUUCCAUAGAUCCUAAGAAAGCUGAUUUGUUCGGUAAAGCCGAUCCGUUUGGGAAGGUCGACUUGUUUGGUGACAAGCAAGAGAAGCCCGAGAGGCCAAAUCUUGCUUCUCUCGGGCUUGUGAAUACGUCUUCUAGGAUUGGAGUCUUCACUGAUGACGAUUUGUUUGGGGAUGAAGAAAAGUUUCUGUCAGACGAACACGAUGACCCAGAAGAUAGAAACGAGCAAGAUCAAGAAGACGAAGUCCACGAGGCCGCACCGGGAGAUUUAGGCCUGGCGGAAGCAAUAACUGCUCUCACCACCGACAUCGACCGACUGAUAGCUCAAGAUGCAGUUGUUGAUUCUCUGACCAGAAAAGCUGAGCUCACAAACAACACGGCAGAAUUACGCAUCUUGAAGAAAUCCAAGGCCAGUUUGGAAAGAGAGAUCCGUCGGAAAGAGCUCCAGCGACAGCAAUAUGUCAUCCAGGAGAGUGAUAAUAGUCUCUAUGGCCGUUCAACUAUCAAGAUCAAAUCGAUAAUGGUUGGGAAAGAAGAUGAUGGACGGGAGUAUGCUGUAUAUGUUGUUGAAGUUCAACGCAAGGCAGGAGAACAAAUGCCAGCAGCAACUUGGACUAUCACUCGGCGUUAUAGCGAGUUCCAUGAACUUCACCAACGUCUUCGGAUGAAGUACCCCUCAGUUCGAAAUCUAGACUUUCCAAGACGUCGAAUGGUCAUGAAACUGCAAAGCGACUUUCUCCAUAAAAGACGGCUGGCUCUGGAGAAAUACCUGCGAGAAAUACUUCUUUUGCCUGAGGUAUGCCGCAGUCGAGAACUGCGUGCAUUUCUAUCUCAAAGUGCUAUUGCACCUGGUUUUGAAACACAAACUGAAAACGAAGACAAGAAAGAUAUCAUGACUAGGUUCUACAACUCAGUUACGGAUGGGAUGGAAGAUAUCUUAGGCAAUAUUCCAGUGCUUGACCAGCUCUCAGUUGCCGGUCAGAAUUUACUUUCUGCUGCAACCAACCAGCUUAUUACGAUGCCUGCGACAAUCAGCGAAGAUCCUUUGGCUGCCGCGGAGGCGGAAGCAGAACUGAAUGCCUUCGAGGACCGCGAAUUGGAGCCUUUCGUCAAGCCUAUCUGCGAUAUCUUUCUGGAAGUGUUUGAACUCAACCGUGGCAAUAACUGGUUGCGCGGACGUGCUGUUGUGGUGGUCUUGCAUCAACUCCUUGGAGGGACGAUUGAACGAAAGGUUCGCGAAAAUGUGAAAAGCUUGCUCUCGGAAGAAGCUAUUAUCAGAUACAUAAACCUCCUUAGAGACUCGAUGUGGCCCGGUGGUCAGUUGAAGAGAAAUGGCAAGCCACGAACAUCUGUCGAGAAGUCGAAGAGCCGAACGGAGGCUAGUCUGAUGCUUGCAACUCUUGUUCCAGACUUGGCAGCAAGUGUGGUAGGGAGGGUGAACGCCCAAGCUGCAAGCAGGAGAAUAUUCGCUACCUUCAACAACCCGCGAUUGAAUGCACAUCUUGCGUUUACAUUGCUAGACGAGAUCAUUGAUGUAUUAUUUGAGGACGUUAUUCGAACAUAGGCAUUGAGAAUUAGCAUUGGCGUUUGGGAAUGGCAAAUGCAUUUGAAGGCGUUCAAGGACUCGAAAUCGAUGCUGCCGAGCUGAAGCUCGAAUACAUAUUACCAUACCUUAAUACCCCGAGAGUGUUGUGUAGAUAUAUAAGUCGUUGUCGUCUUUUGAAAGUGUUGCAGCAUGUGGGAUUCCCAUACGAUGUUGGUAUUUUAAGACUUCUGAUUGUAUAUUCUUAUCAUGGUUAGAAAGCACGCAGAUUGGUGGGCUGCCAUGGAUUGCCUCGGCGGUUUGAAUGAUGAAAUUCAACUUAUUCAGCAAGC